AUGGGGCGAACAGCCUGUGGAGAUUCAAUGAAUGUGAAGAAGGAGAAUCAAGGGAAAACUUCUCAAUCGGACACAUCUGCACAAGGUGAUGAGUUCCAAUGGGACAGUUACUUGAAAAAGACUGGAUCUUUAUGUGCUCCUGUAGAGUGUUUCAGACAGUCUAAGAUUCCACCAACUAAUGAAUUCAAAGUUGGUAUGAAAUUGGAAGCACAUGACCCUCGCAAUAUGACUUCAACAUGUAUUGCCACGAUUAUCGGAGUUACUGGUGCCAGGUUACGUUUACGCCUUGAUGGUAGUGAUGAUAAAAAUGAUUUUUGGAGACUUGUUGAUUCUCCAGACAUACAGCCCGUUGGAACCUGUGAACAGCAAGGGGACUUACUUCAGCCUCCACUGGGAUACAAAAUGAGUACAUCAUCUUGGCCUAUGUUCCUUUUGCGAACACUGGAUGGAUCUGAAAUGGCACCUGCAACAUUCUUCAAGGAGGAACCACCAAUGCCACCUCUAAAUAACUUUAAAGUGGGGAUGAAACUAGAAGCUGUAGACAAAAAGAACCCGGAUAUGAUAUGCCCAGCAACUAUUGGAGGUGUGAGAGGAGAUGAAGUUCAUAUUACAUUUGAUGGCUGGAGUGGAGCUUUUGAUUACUGGUGCAAAUACUAUUGCCGAGAUAUUUUCCCAGUUGGGUGGUGUCGUCUGGCAGGAGAUGUAUUGCAACCACCAGGAGCCUAUGCUACUACAAAGAAUACAGCUAAAAGACAGUCUUCCCUUUCCAAAGCAACCCGGAAGUCAAUGCAGUCUGCAAAGAAAACUGCUGUAGCACUCCCAACACAGCAGACCAAGAAGUCAGGACGGGCUAAACCACCUGGACGUCCUCCAGUCCCCAAGAAGGAAAGUUCUGCUAAAAAUGUUACAGCAAAGAAAAAAGUCCCACAAAAGGAAAAAUCUAUUCCUGUUAUGUGUUCCACAUCUACAACUUCUGUAAAGAUGCUGACCAGAGGCCGAGGUGUUGAAUAUAAGGAACCCAGUCCUGGGUCAUCUAAAAUAGUGAUGUCUACAGUGUGUGUUUAUAUAAACAAACAUGGAGACUGUGGCCCUUACCUGGAUCAGAAUAAAAUCCAGCGGUUGCCUGACCACUUUGGCCCGGGCCCUGUGAAUGUGGUGCUCCGGCGGACUGUGCAGGCUUGUGUGGACUGUGGCAUUGACAGUAAGACUGUUUUUGGAUUCCUUAAGGCAGAUAAUCGUGGAGGAGAAGUAAUAACUGCCUCCUUUGAUGGGGAAACUCAUUCCAUCCAGCUCCCUCCAGUGAACAGUGCAUCAUUUGCUCUUCGCUUUCUUGAAAACUUGUGCCACAGCCUGCACUGUGAUAACCUUUUGAGUAGUCAGCCUUUUAGUGCUUGCAGAGGUAAUAUUCUUAGUACCGCAGAGGAUGAUAAAAAUAAACCAGUUGAGGAAGAUGUAACUGAAAAACAAACCACCAAGCGACCUUCUGAGCAGCCUCUAUCUGAUGUUGCUCCUCUCUCUCCUAAGCUCCCCAAAAUAGAGAUGCAUGCCUCUCAAGAAGAACUAUUGUCUUCUGAGGGAAACAUCAUGCAUAAAGAGGAGAAGCUUCCUGAAGAGUCCAAGGACUCACCACUAAAUCCAGAAAAUACUUUGAAUCCUGCCAGUGGAGAUCCUAUUAGCACUGAUACCACAGUCUCCAAGAAUUUUUCUGAAGGUGUGCCAGUCUCCUUAAGCUCAGCACUAGUGGAUACAUCAUCUACCCAGAGCAUUCCCCAUGAAUUCAAAAUGCAGAAGAACAGUGAAGCUCCAAGUUAUAUAGCUGUACCUGACCCCAGUGUCCUGAAGCAAGGCUUCUCUAAGGACCCUUCAACCUGGUGUGUGGAUGAAGUGAUACAGUUUAUGAAACAUAAAGAUCCUCAGAUAUCAGGCCCCCUCGCCGACCUCUUCAGGCAACAUGAAAUUGAUGGGAAGGCUCUGCUACUACUCAAAAGCGAUGUUGUUAUGAAGUAUAUGGGGCUGAAGUUGGGGCCAGCUCUAAAGUUAUGCUACCACAUUGAAAAGCUUAAAGAAGGGAAACCCAGUUUUAAAAAUAUAUAA